GUCAGUGUCAGGUGUCUGGCAGGUUUCUGAGAAGCUCAGACUGAACGGAAAUUCCCACAGGUAGGAACAGUUUCACGUCAGGGGGGGAUACAUACACUAAAAAACCAUCGCGACUGACAUUCAAAGUUGAGAGGUUGACAGACAUGGAGAACGGCCCAUUUAAUCGGCGGUCCUGGAUGGCGCAGUCAUUGCGUAUCACAGCCAAGGAGCUGUCGCUGGUCAGUGGGCGAGGGAAAAGCACUGCCAUUGCAGAACGAUUCUCCAAGUACCAGAAAGCUGCUGAGGAGUCCACUGCAGAGAAGAAAAAAGGAAACAUCGAGAGUGCUCCAUCCUCUCUGCGCUCUGGCAACCUGAGUGUUCUCAAGGAGCGCUGGGAGCAAGCAGGAAACCUAAAUCAAGAUAAAAAGCCCCUGGUACCUCCUCCAAGCGGGUCCAGCAUUCUCCGUAGACAUUCAGCCCUGACCAGGCCUGCUACCAUCCGUGGGGAUCCCCAGCCCAUGAAGAAUCAAGACCUACAUACUGAUCAGGGGGAUCAGCGUGCAGCCAGAAAAGUCCAGCAGCCACUCGCAACCCCAGUUGUUGAAGAGCAGACAAAGAUGGACAGGUAUGAGGUUACAGACAGAAGAAAACCUGAGGCGAAUGAGAAAGAGGUUCCCACCAGCCCAUUCGCCACUAAUGAAAAACCCAGAGCGCCGCUGACCAACCUGAAGAUGAAGUUUGAGAAGCGAGAAGAUGGCAAUGGAAAGGUUGGCAGGUCAGCAAUACGCAGCACUUCUGAGGAAUCAGAACAUCCUAUCAGUCCACGUGGGUUGACCCGAUCUUCGUCUUUGAAGGAGAAGAUGGCCAAGUAUCAGUUUGCUGUUGCUAAACAGGACACCAGCCGCUCUGCUCAGCCCCAAGAGACGCCUGCCCCCAAAACAUCUGCAUCUGUGAAAAUCAAACACACGCCAGCAGCUGAGUGCAAUGGAGAAGGCACAGAACAACCCAAAGCAACCAGGCUGUUUCAACUAUCAGUCAAAGAAACAUGCACUGCCUGUCAGAAAACGGUGUACCCACUGGAGAAACUGGUGGUUUAUGAGCACAUUUACCACAAAAACUGCUUCGCUUGUAUUCACUGCAACACAAAGCUGGGUCUGGGGAACUAUGCUUCUCUGCAUGGUAAGAUCUACUGCAAGCCACAUUUCAAUCAGCUGUUCAAGGCCAAAGGAAACUAUGAUGAAGGUUUUGGCCAUCGCCCUCAUAAAGAGCAGUGGGAACCACGAGAAGAUGGAGAUGAAAGCGAGGAAGCACUGAAGCCAAAAGAGCAUCCAGCGGUGAUGAAACAAGCAGCCGAGAAUGAGUCUGAGAUGCAGGCAGAUCUGAGUGGGGAAACAUCCCCCCAGGUGAAGGUCACAGACCUUGCUGCCCUACUGGAGUCCCGCACAAAGAAACAUGUUGGCUCUGGAGAGAAUCUCCAGUCUGCAGAUAGACCAGCCGAGAUGCGCAAGCUAAAGGUCGCCUGGCCUCCUCCGGCUGGCGAGGAGCACUCUGGAACAACACCGCUGAGUCCAGAUGCAGAGGAGGUCCCUUCAAGCAGAUCCUGGAAAGCUAAGUGGCCCCCAGAGGAUGAUGUGCACUCAUCUUUCCAGAGCACGGAGCGUGCUGAGCUGAAGAACCUGAGGAGGAGCACCUCUCUGAAGGAACGCAGCCGUCCUUUUACACUCGUGGCCAAACCGAAUCCCACAACCGCUGCGGGUCCCAGGGAGCCCCGUCGUCCACCCAAGGCUCUGCUGGAAUGGAGGGCAUCGUUCGAGGAUAAACAGUCAGCUAAAGGAAAAUCCAAAGUAAACGACAAGCAGGAUGAAAAGGAAGAGCAGAAGAUGAAUCAAACACCAAACGUAGGUGUGACCUCAAAGGAGGAAGCUGGGAAAGAGAACCGUUCCUCCCAGGAUGUGGGCUUCUGGGAAGACAACAAAGAGGAGAGUGAUGCUGAGGAUCUCAGCGCUGAGGAUAUAAUCAAGCGGAACCGCUACUACGAUGAAGACGAUGAGGACUCAAUAGUAUAAGAGCAGCUUACAGUUUCACAUGCAGCAAACAAAACAAACUUUUUAACUCAUAGAUUGAUCAAUAAUUGAGCUUUUCCAGAUUUUACACCUACAGAAACUAAAACUAUACUAACUGUCUGAAUUAAAGUGCAAAUAUAUUAUUGCUUCUUUUUUAUGUUUCAAUUAUGAUUGUAAAAAUAUUACAAACAGUUGCUCUUUUGAUUGCUUGCCCUCUGAGAAAUGAAGAAUUGCACUAAAAUCCGUUAUUAUUUCUAUACGUGUCUGAUUUUAGUCAAGCUCCCGGACUUGGAACAAAUCUGCUCAGGGAUGAAAUACCUUCAUAUUAGGUCCUCUCUUCUGCAGGAGUAGCAUUAAUACUGCUUCAUUUCAGUUAUCUGCUUUGGACUGUUAUUCCCCCCCCCAAUGUUUCUGAAUAAUCUUUUAAUUUCAAGUUUAAAUGUUUUAGCUGUCAGGAUGCCAGCUGCUUUAAAUGUGAUUAUAUUCAUUCCUUUACAGAAUCUCUAGCAAAUAUUCACAUAUUGCUUUCAUACAUUUUUUUUCAUUGUUUUCCAUAUUAGAAAAUCUGCAAAUGUUGUAAAUUCAUCUCUUGAAAUGGAAACCAAAUAAGUUGCCAACGUUUCAGUGUAAAAUGGUAAUUUCUAACAUCUCCAAUGGCCUUUCAAGUUUUAAGGAACCUUUACAAAUGUAAUCCAUUUUGUAUGUGAAACAUUUUUAAUGUAUUUUUAUGUUUUGGAAUAUUGGUUUGCACAACAAUUUGUCUUCUCGUGAUUGGAGAUAAUACUCUGGCUGAAACAGAAUAAAAUAUACUACUGAGGGCA